AUGGAUUCUGUUUACGGUAACUUUGCACCAUCACUAACCACACUAAAAUAUUGGAAAGCUGAAUUUAAAGGUGGUCAUAUGACUGUUUUUGGUCAUAUGACUGUAGGUCCAAAAGAGGUCACAAUUGAAGAAAAAUUUAAAAAAAUUCACGAUAUUGUGUUGGGUGAUCCAAAACUUAAAUUGUGUCAGAUAGCAAAAAUAACAAAUAUAUUAUAUGAACAUGUAUCAAAUAUUUCACAUGAAGAUUUGAGUAAGGAAAAGCUUCGGCAAGAUGAAAGCUCGGAUUUGCUAACAAUUGACCAAAAACGACAAUGA